CCCACUCCACUCCAAACUCUCUCUUUCUCACAAAUUCUUUUUUUAGCAUUUAUUGUUCUCAACCAUUAGCUUACUCCGCCCCUAACCCCUCUAUAUAAAUCCGCAGGUAAUGUAAUUUGAUGCAGUGUAAUAAUAAUUCCCAUUAAAGCCCACAUUUCCGAAUCCUCGCAACACUCAGAAUCAAAGAAACAAGAGGUGUUUCCUUUAAUGGGUAUCUUCAAAUCCGAGGGGAAGGUCUACAAACCGGUCGCGGAUGUCGAUCUCGGACCCGACAGCGACGAGUUCUACAUCCAUGCUAAUGUCAAAGCUCCGCGGGUCGCGGGGCUUCUGGUGAAGAUUUUCGUGUGGAUUCUGGAGUCGCGGAUCCUCGGACCGAUCGUGCGGUACAUACUGAAGAAAGAUAAUCUCAUUCACAAGCUCGUUUCAUUUGCUGAGAUUCAGGAGCCACCUCUUUUCACUUCAACUCAUCACUGGGAAGAUAUACCAGAACAAAAUGUUAAUCUCGUCAAGCCCGAUUUAACUCCCGCGGAACGAGUUCGACAGGCGGUGAGCUGCCUCCCUUCUGGACUCGAGUCGACCUUAACAAAUCCAUCUUCGAGCUUCAAGCGCUGGACGAUACAAGACUUCUCAAGUGCUUAUAGCUCAGGGGAGACGACUCCUCUCGCGGUUGCGAAGCGAUUUUUAGCUGCAGUAAAGGAGUCUUCAGGCCCUAAUCUUAAUAUGGCCUUCUUCAUUAACUACAAUGCUGAAGAAAUUCUCAGCCAGGCAGAAGAAUCGACUCUUCGGUAUCAGAAAGGCACCCCUAUUUCUAUCAUGGAUGGUAUACUGGUUGCUGUAAAAGAUGAGAUAGAUUGUAUGCCUUACCCUACUACUGGGGGGACUAAGUGGUUGCACAAGGUGAGGCCUUGCACUGAUGACGCGAUCUGUGUUAAGCAAUUGAGAUCAUGUGGUGCUAUACUUGUGGGGAAGACUAAUAUGCAUGAACUUGGAGCCGGGACCAGCGGGAUCAACCCUCACUACGGGGCCACAAGAAAUCCUUACAAUAUAAACAAGGUUUCUGGAGGCUCCUCAAGUGGAUCAGCUGCAGUAGUCUGUGCUGGAUUAUGCCCGGUAGCACUUGGAGUUGAUGGAGGAGGGUCGGUGCGUAUGCCAGCUGCUUUAUGCGGUGUUAUUGGUUUCAAGCCAACUUCUGGGCGCUUGUCUAAUUCUGGUGUUCUUCCACUGAAUUGGACUGUUGGAAUGCCGGGAAUAUUAGCAGCAACAGUUGAGGAUGCACUCAUCGCUUAUGCAGCCAUUUGUGGUCACCCUCCACUGAGCCAGCCUACAUAUUUACAGCCUGAAUUAAACCUCCCUCUCCUGACAUCUACAGAAUCUAUCGGUAACAUCAAACUUGCCAAAUAUGGGAAGUGGUUUAAUGAUAGUACAGACGACAUUAGAAACUGUUGUGACCAUGCUCUUGCAAUGUUAUGCAGGCAUUACGGGUGGAAGACCGUGAAUGUGACCGUACCUGAGAUAGAAGAGAUGCGCCUAGCACAUUAUGUGACAAUCGGUUCUGAAUGCACAGCAUCAUUGGCUCCACAUCUUGCGAAACUGAACUUCGCUGAAAGUGGGUGGGAUGCAAGAGUGGCACUUUGUGUGUACAGUGCAUUUAGCAGCAGAGAUUAUCUAAACGCUCAACGAAUAAGGAAUCGUCAGAUGUACUUUCAUAAGGAGAUAUUUAAAACGGCAGAUGUAAUCGUUACGCCAACCACUGGUGUAACUGCAUAUACAUUGCAAAGUGAUGCUCUAAGUAGCGGAGAACUCGAUUACAUUAAUGGCGCUGCACUUGUGAGGUUCUCCAUAGCAGGAAAUUUUCUAGGCUUGCCUGCGAUUACUAUAAUGGUUGGAUAUGACAAAGGGGGUUUGCCAAUUGGCCUACAGUUUAUAGGGAGACCGUGGUCCGAAGCAACCUUACUCCAUCUGGCACUUGCAAUGCAGGCUCUGUGCAUCAAAAGCUACAAGAAGCCGGAGGUGUUCUAUGAUCUUCUCAAGAAAGAUUAGUACAAGCCUGAUAGUACUGAAGGGCUUCUAGCUGACAAUCUCAGUUCUUACAAUUGUGGUAUAGUGUAAAGUGUGUUGCAACAAUAUAAAAAGAAAGUAUAUUUAUUGUAUUGGGAAUAGCCAUCAUCAGGCUGCUGUGAGCACCAUCAGGCAUCAAAAUUAGAAGCACCGUAGAGCAUGAGUUUAGCAACAGAAGAAUUUAGCGGGCUUCUGCAACAUAACCCCAGAAAAUUUGAGAAAAUGCGCCAAAAACUUUGUUGAUUUGGUAUUUGCACGCAUACCCCUGAAAACCUUGAUUGUUUGCACAUAUGAUCUGUCAUGGAUAUACAUGUAGAAACCGAGGGUAUCUAUGCAAAAAAAAUCUUGCAUAGAUUCCCCCGGCAGAGCAUGCAUGCAAAUAAGCAAUGUUUCAGGUUACACUUGCAAAUACCAACUUCGCAAGGAAAUUUGGUCAUUGUCCAUACUUUGCACGGCAUAUAUGCUGGAAACCCAACCAAUAUAGACAAUAGGAAUUUCACCGAAUUCAGCAGCCUGUACUGGUUCUCCACACAUGUUCUAUGAAAGAAAUCAUGUUUAGAUCAAUAUGUGUCUGUAUCUCCAAGUCAAGUAAAAGAACUUCUAUCUUCAUAUGAGAGAAA